AUGGCCCGCCUCUUCACGUCGCUCCACCUCCCGGGGGGCGCGGCCUGGCUGGACGAGUACAUGGACGAGGCGUCGACGGCUCUGCGACGUGUGCCGCGCGCUACGGCUCGGUGCCACCGCCGUCGAGGGCUACGCUGGCAGCGCCGCCUAGCUCGCCUCGCUACUCAUGCAGGCACCCUCGAGCCCCCACCUCUCGAGACAGCGUGUGCAGGCGCGAGGCCAUGGCGCUCAAGGAGGAGAACCGCGCGCUGGUGGAGACGCUGCGGGGAGGCGCUGGCGCUGCGCCUCAGCGAGGGCGUCCCCGCCGACGCCAAGCUGGGCGGCUUCAACGGCUUUCGUGGCGUGCUGUGCGCCACCCGGAUGCUCACCUCCUUCCUGCUCACGCUCCUCUUGUGGGGCAUGCUCCACUAA